AUCCUUCUAAAAUUCUCUACUUUUAUUGGUUGCUAUUUCCCUCCAUGUCCUGCUCCCCCGCCCAAAAUCAACGACAAGGUUUCGAUUUAGGGCUUUGUUUCGAUCCAUCUUCCACUUGGCCUGUUUGGUUGCUUAUUGGAUUGUGUGGUGGCAAUUGAUUACUGUUGCAUUGCAAAAGGGUAGUUCUUGAGCCUAUACAGGAGCCCAGCCAUUAAAAGGUACCACCACAAAGUAUUCAAGGUUCUUGUACCAAACAAUGCGAGGUGCUAUAAUAAGCACUUUCUCUUUGGCAAAUGGUGGUAGCUGUGGAGCCGCUGCAGCUGCUUUAUCAAGAAGUGAUAUAAGGCUGCUGAAUAGGAGAUAUGUGUCUUCGCUGAGUGAGGGUCUGGACCUUUGGCGUCAAUAUGGCCUGAGAUUACAGUCAGCAAACUCAAGUAGGUCAAAGGGGUUGGGAAGGGUGAGGGCUACUUGGUUAUUUAGGGGAAAUGACAAAGGGAUGGAUGCGAACUUGGAGCGCAGUGAGACUGCUAAUGAAGACAUUUUGAUAUUCUUUUUCCAGUUGGACCUGGAGACUCGAAUACAAUAUGCCCUGAAUACAGAACAAUUUGACGUAGCACAGCAAUUAAGAGAGAAGUUGGCUGAGGUUGAAACACAAAUAAUCAAGCAACAGGAAGCUAGAAGAGGUUCAUCGUCCAAGAGUGAAGCUCAAGAUCAGGCUUUACAUAUUUUACGUCUCCGUGCAGACAUGCAAAAAGCUAUAGACAGUGAAAACUAUGGUGUGGCUGCUCAGUUGCGUGAUGAAAUUACUAAACUUGAGGCUGAGUCUUUGGCUGCUUCUGCUAAAGCUCUUGCUUAUGCAAAUGUGCAGUAUGCAUUUCGAUUGGGACAAAAAGUAAAACACAAAAUAUUUGGUUAUCGAGCAGUAAUUUGCGGCAUGGAUCCUGUAUGCUGUGAAUCAAGUUCAUGGAUGGAGGUUGCAAAUGUUGAUAAGUUGUCUCAAGGUCCUAAUCAGCCAUUUUAUCAGGUCUUGGUUGAUGUACACGCGGAUCCAAACUUGCUUGUUGCAUAUGUUCCUGAGGAGAAUCUGUUAGCUGGUGAAGAACCAGACAGAGAUAGGUUUGAUCACCCAUACCUUUCAUUUCUGUUUUAUGGAAUGGAUACUGCUGGAGAUUUCAUCCCGAUAAAGCAGCUUCGUGAAAAGUAUGGCAGGCCUCGCCAUGAAGUUCCUGCUGAACCCAACGACGACAGUGAUGAGAGUGCUUAGGAUGUUUCUGACACUGAAGACAGCCUUUAAGUUGAGGGAACAAGAGAAUUUGGAAUCAGAUGGAAACUGUAUAUAUUUCCCAUUUUUGUAUAUAUCAAUGCUUGAACUCUAAAUUUUUUAUGCAACUGAAUCAAAACCCGAAAAAUAUAAGUCUGUAUUGUUCCAGUUGUCUGAUUAA